AUGCUCUCACUCCAUACCCCCUUGUUCAUCCAGCUCCUCUUUUGGACGCUUGUUCAAGGAGUUCCCAAUCCGGAACCGUGUCGCGGCUCUUGCAAUGGCCGUGACCCGGGUUUCAUCCGACGGACGUCAGAUGGGAAAUAUUUCCGCUUCCAGUCAUACAAUGGGAUAUCCAUCUCGUCUGCUUCCUCGAUGGAGGGCCCGUGGUCAGCUCCAAAAUCCAUGCUGCCACAGGGCUCGUCGAUAAAUCUUCCAGGAAAGCACGACCUCUGGGCUCCCGAUGUUUACAAAGUUAACGAUGAGUACCACGUUUACUACUCAGUGUCAACGCUUGGCUCGCGCAAUUCUGCCAUCGGGCUGGCAACCUCCCGAACCAUGGAGCCAGGUUCUUGGACUGAUCAUGGCUCGAUUGGUGUACAGACCACGACGAGCGAUAACUUCAACGCCAUUGACGGCAACCUCUUUGAGGAUGGAGAUGGCACAUUCCGUUUCAAUUUCGGAUCUUAUUGGGGCGGUCUCUACCAGCUUGGGAUGAAUGGCGAUGCGACCAAAGCAUCAUCGUUAUCUUCAGCUAUCAACCUCGCCUACGAGCCAGGCUCGAACCACGACAUCGAGGCUUCCUAUCUCUACAGAAACAAUGACGAUUACUUUCUUUUCUUCUCUUGGGGGCAAGCCGGUGAUUUUGAUAUUCAUCCUCCUCCCAAAGGCAAAGAGUAUCGCAUCAAGGCCUGUCGGUCAUCUAAAGCGUCUGGCCCUUUUACUGGUCCCGAUGGACGGCCAUGUACUGAAGGGGGAGGUAUGACUGUCCUCGCAAGCCACGAUGAUAUAUUCGGACCAGGUGGCCAAGGAGUCAUGACACACCCAGAGUACGGCCCGGUGCUCUACUAUCACUAUUCAAAUACCAAGAUCGGAAUGUCGAACGCUGACCAACUUAUUGGAUGGAAUCGCCUUGAUUUUUCCAGCGGCUGGCCCGCGGUCGUAUGA